GUUAACCCCCGGACUGCGCUCUAAACGUGCUCUUUCGACUGCUGGCUCCUUGUCAUCAACAACUGCUAAAACUGCAGCGGAUAUCAAUACAUGACAGGCAACUUUCUGAAACACAAAAAGUUUUUUUGUUUGUCUUACCAGUACAAAUGGCAACCUCUACGUGAGACACCACAAUAACAAUUUCACAAAUUCUGGCUUGCCCUCUGUCUUUUUUUUAACCAAUGCAGACGAAAGGAACAACACCGACACGGUUGGUAUUUAAUUAGUGGACGAGCCAAAUAAGGUUCACGCGCGUCGGCUUGCGGUAAGUGAACGCCUGAGUUAUUUCAGCGGAUAUAGUCGCGCGACUGUGGUUGGCACGCGCCAUAGAAGCGUGGCGAUAGGUCCGUCCGUCACCGAGGUCUCCACACACAGCCGCGGAAAACCCCCGAUACAGUGGAUUUUACCGAGCAGCGGUCCUCCCUUCCGACUUGCACUGCAAGAAGAUAACGGACACCGCAGAGUCACACAUGAACAGUGCCGAAAUCUGAAAGCGUCGUAUUGUCGUAGGCUGUUCUUUCCUCCCCCAAAACCAGUCAUUUCGGAUUAUAGAAGGCAAAUCAAUUAUUGUCAGUGUGGUUUCAUUAAAAAAAAAAAACUUUAGGAGCAGUGAGAAUUUUUUUUUUUGUAUAUUUAAUCAAAAGUUGUUCAUAUAAAUAUGUGUAUUAGUUUAUACGAUUAGGUACACGUUUGAUUUAAUGCGGGGGUAAAUGAAUGCUCAUUUAAGGUAGAGAAUAUUGUAAAUAAACUGUAAUAUUGACAAGAACCCUACGCACCCGCAAAAAUGGACUCUUUAUUCAAUACAACGGAUAAUCCAAGCAACUGGACCAAUGCCACGGAGACCAACGGCACGGAGAUAUAUUGGAACCAGUUCGUGCAACCGGCGUGGAGGAUAGUUCUGUGGGCGAUCGCUUACAGCACCAUCGUCGUGGUGUCCGUGGUGGGCAACGUCGUGGUAAUCUGGAUCAUCGUCGCGCACAAACGGAUGAGAACUGUGACCAACUAUUUUCUGGUGAAUUUAGCCUUCGCGGAGGCAUCGAUGUCGGCCUUCAACACGGUGAUCAACUUCGCCUAUGGAGUUCACAACGAGUGGUACUUCGGGCUGGUGUACUGUCGGUUCCACAACUUCUUUCCUAUAGCCGCAGUCUUCGCGAGCAUCUACUCAAUGACGGCUAUAGCGCUGGACAGGUACAUGGCCAUCAUCCACCCGCUGCAGCAGCGCAUGUCGUCCACGGAGACCAAGGUGGUCGUGGGUGUGAUCUGGGUGCUGGCGCUGUGCCUGGCCUUCCCCCAGUACUACUACUCCAACACGGCGCAGCUGCCCGGGCGCGUGGUCUGCUACAUCAACUGGCCCGAGUACACCGUCUGGGACUUCAAAAAGAUGUACUACGUGUGCGUGACGGUGCUCAUCUACUUCCUGCCGCUGCUGGUGAUGGGGUGCGCCUACCUGGCGGUCGGCCUGACGCUGUGGGCCAGCGAGAUCCCCGGCGACUCGUCCGACCGCUACCGGGAGCAGCUUACCGCCAAGCGCAAGGUGGUGAAGAUGAUGAUCGUGGUGGUGUGCACCUUCGCCACCUGCUGGCUUCCCUACCACGUGUACUUCCUGCUGUACGAGUUCUUCCCGCACCUGUUCGAGGAGCCCUUCAUCCAGCAGGUGUACCUGGCAGUCAUGUGGCUGGCCAUGAGCUCCACCAUGUACAACCCCAUCAUCUACUGCUGCCUCAACGACAGAUUUCGGGCGGGGUUCAAGCAGGCCUUUCACUGGUGCCCCUGCGUCCCGGACGGCUCGUACGAAGGCCUGGAGCUGAAGUCCGUGCGCUACCUGCAGACCCAGACCAGCGUGUACAAGGCCAGCCGCCUGGAGACCACCGUGUCCACCGUCCUCACCACGGCGGCGGCGGGGGGGGCGGAGGAGGAGGCCCGGAACCGCCCCCCGGGCCGCCGCCCGUCCCCGGACCUGGCCUCCAACGGCUCGUCCUCGCACAGCGUCUCCAAGACCGUGUCCGAGACGUCCAGCUUCUACUCCAGCCACAACCUGGCCUGAAGCCGCCCGGCGGCGGCACCCUCUUAC